GUUGAGUCUGACAACGCAAACGUCAAGUCGAUACUCCGUGUCGCCGGCCUUUCCCGCAUGGACACCGACAUCGUCGAGACGAAUACAUUUUGUGACGGGGACGAGAGCUUGCGCUCGAGCAAGCCUCCGAGUGACGCCAGUGUAUCACCACCAAAGCGGCCACGGCCCCCCCGCCCCCCACGACCACAGGCGCCAUCCCCCCAUGACGAAGGCGACGCGUCGGACGUGAUCACGUUUGAUGUGGGCGGCAUUCUCUUUCCGUGCAAACUGCACGUGCUCGAAAAGGUCCCGCAUGCGCGGCUGCACCGCAUUGCGCUCUGUGGCUGUAGUAGCACGAGCGCGAACACGAUAUUUCUCGACCGCAACCCGUCACUCUUUAGCAUCCUCCUCGAGUGGUACAAGACGGAUCAAUUUCACUUGCCCGGGCACAUUGCCCGCGAUCUCAUGGAAGCCGAAGCCAACUACUUUGACGUUGGCGCCGAGAUGUUUCCAGCGCCACCCAACUCAGUCGUGUGCUUUGCGAAGGCGCUGCAAAGUACGCUGCUGCCGCACCAACCGCCCAUCGUGUUUGUACUCCGCGCCCACGAACAGCUCGUGUUGGAGUCGGCCACGGGUCCCGGUCGCCUCCUCUUGCGCGUGACCGACCUCUCGGGGACAACGACCGUGCCCCAAGCCGUGCUCUACGACAGCGACUCGUUUUUUUUUCUUGGUGGCGGACCCGCCAAGCUCCAUGGUACACCGUUCCCAGGCAACCUCAUUUACUCGUUCUGGGUCGAGCACACGCGCGCAACGACGCCGAUCGUUGUCGAGUUCAAGCUGCGCUACCUCUUUGCAGCCACCGACCAAGUCGUAUUGUCCAACGACGAUCAGAUGUCGCUGCGCGAGUCGAUGACGGCGAUCGAGGCCGAGCCGCACGUCGUGACCGCCAAGACCAUGCAAUCGCUCCACACCCCGAUCCUUGAGAAACCCGCGGUCGUGGCGCUCGAAGAGCCGCUGCGGGCGAAAACCCCAGGCGCCAACUUGCCCGAGAAGACGAAAGAACGUGCACAAAUCGUCGAAGAGACGCAGUUGUUUCAGGCCAAAGUCCGCGAGCACGCGGUGUGGGUCCAGCUCCACCAGCGCGAGCUUGCGCAGCAGCAGCACUUUGCUCUCAAAGAGGAUGGGAGUCCGCGAAAAGCGUCGAGUGAAGCACCCCCUGCCGGGUAUGCGCGCAAGCCGCCCACCAAGAAGCUGCCAUAGCAAUAGAUGGCAUCUUGCAUUUAUCGCAACGUCCGAUGGGGACGAAAACUAGAUUAACUUAUGUAUAGACCUCGUGUAGCAUCGCCAAAGGUGCUCUUGAGAACAUAUCG